ACCAGGGCAGAUUAGCCGGCUGAAGCUAUGAGAACAACAUAACAAUUAACAGGACGAUGUGCAGGUCCACCGUGGCUAAACUACCUCCAGGUCCACCACCAACACGUGUCUCCAUGGUAAUUCGCCGGUGCGCAUUACCCGGGACGCACGAAGGCGGAGGACAGCGCGCGCCCCUGGACGAGAAGCAGCCGAAGUCGCAGCCACUCCACUCCACGUUUUGCCCUGCCCCUCGUGCGCCCUGCUCUCCGUGCAGCGAGCAUCUCCGCUGCAUUUUGCUUUCCUCCCACUGACACGAGCACACGGGCUGCUGCUGCUGCUGCUGCUGCUGCUGCGUGUGUGUGUGCGGGAGAAGUUGUUUGCACAGAGAGGAGCGCCAGGUACCCACGGUCUCCCCACCGGAGCAUCCGGGCUCGCCGGGAUCAUCGCGUGAGAAGAGACCAAGCUUCCUGAAAUGAAGUGGGCGCACCAGAAUCUAAAGUGAGGAGUGAUUUUUUUUAUUUUUUUAUUUCAUUUUUCUCUUUUCUUUGAACGGACAUCGCGCGUACUGGAGGAAUCUCUCAAACAACCUCUUGUUUUCUUCUUCAAAUAAAUGUUUUGUUCUUGUUUAUUUUGACGGAGUUCGUGAAACAUCGCCCAGGAUCUCCCUGAUGAAUGCGAUGUGGAGGCUGCACGCCGCCGUAUGUAUGACUCUGUCGCUGCUGUCCCUGUCAUCCGCUGCCGACAGCAAGGCGCGGAGCUGUGGCGAGGCAAGGCACGCGUAUCACGCCAGAGGAUUCAGCCUCGCCAAUGUGCCUCAUCAGGAAAUAUCAGGUGAGCACCUGCGUGUCUGUCCACAGGGACACACCUGCUGCACAUCCGAGAUGGAGGACAAACUCAACCAGGAGAGCAAAGUGGAGUUUGAGAACUUGGUCGAGGAAAGCAGCCGCCAUAUGAGGACAACUUUUUUUUCGAGACAUAAAAAGUUUGACGAGUUUUUCCUGGAGCUGCUGGACAAUUCUGAGAAGUCUCUCAACAGUAUGUUCACAAGGACCUACGGGAAGCUGUACAUGCAGAACGCAGAGGUGUUCCAGGACCUGUUCACCGAGCUGAAGCGCUACUACACAGGGGGCAACGUCAACCUGGAGGAGAUGCUCAAUGACUUCUGGUCCAGGCUGCUGGAGCGCAUGUUCCAGUUACUCAACUCCCAGUACCACUUCACAGACGACUACUUGGAGUGCGUCAGUAAAUACACAGAUCAGCUCAAGCCUUUUGGAGAUGUGCCCAGGAAACUUAAGGCCCAGGUUACCAGGGCCUUCAUCGCUGCCCGAACCUUCGUCCAGGGGCUGAUGGUGGGUCGGGAGGUUGCCAACAGAGUGGCCAAGGUGAAUGUAAUCCCAGCAUGUGUCAGAGCGUUGACCAAGAUGCUGUACUGUCCAUACUGUCGCAGCAUGCCAGGGCUGAAGCCCUGCCACAACUACUGUCACAACGUCAUGAGGGGCUGUUUAGCAAACCAGGCGGACCUCGAUGCCGAAUGGAACCUCUUCAUCGAUGCUAUGUUACUGGUGGCAGAGAGGCUGGAGGGACCCUUCAACAUUGAAGCAGUUGUAGAGCCAGUUGACAUCAAGAUUUCUGAGGCCAUCACGACCAUGAAGGACAACAGCAUGCAAGUGUCAGCCAAGGUUUUCCAAGGGUGUGGCCAGCCGAAGGCAUCGGGAAUAGGCCGGUCUGCACGCGGCAUCUCAGAUGUGUUCAGUGCCCGCUUCAGACCGUACACCCCUGAAGAGAGGCCAACAACAGCAGCAGGAACAAGCCUGGAUAGAUUGAGGGUUGUGUGGAGGACAAUGCAACACAGUUUGAUUGACAUCAAAGAGAAGUUGAAAGAGUCCAAGAGGUUCUGGUCCAACCUGCCGGAUGACAUCUGUGCCAAGGGCAAGUUCACAGAGUCUGACGAGGAUCAGUGCUGGAACAGUCACACAAAGGGCAGAUAUUUCCCUGAAGUGGUGAAGGAGGGUCUUACCAACCAGGUGAACAACCCGGAGGUGGAGGUGGACAUCACCAGGCCCGACACACUGAUACGACAGCAGAUCAUGGCGCUACGUGUCAUGACCAACAAACUAAAGAAUGCUUACAAUGGAAACGACAUCUACUUCCAGGACUCAAGUGACGAGGGCAGCACUUCUGGUAGUGGCAGCGGCUGCUCUAGCGGCUGCACAACAGAGUACGUUUUUGUGGGAACAGAAGCUUCUGUGAUCGGAGCCGACAGAAGUGAUGAACGAGCAGCAGCAGCCGCAGGCAAGUCGUGUUCUGUCGGACCCUCCCUUCUGCUGUUGAUGGCGGCCCUUACACUCUCUCUCCGGGCAAUGCAGACUCAAUGGAGAUAAUACCAGAGUGUGGCCAAAAACUUUGGACUUUUAUACUAUACGUACAGUAUCUUUAACGGCAAGUUCUACUGCUGUUCCCUCACUGGACACGUGGAAGGUCCUGGAAGCCAGUGGAGAAUGGCUCACUGUGUGGAAUGGUACCGUGCGACUGGAAGUGAGUGCAGUGCUGCAUCCUGCUCGUCCCCCAAAGAAUGCUUGGUGCCACCAUUGAACCAGCUUUCACUUCACAAAAAAAAAAAAAAAAUCAAAA